AUGUCCAGAAUGUCCUUCUCUGCGGUCCGAAUCUUCUCUCGGAGGAUCUGCUGCUUCGUCUCGCGCACCUUCCGCUCGUUCUCCCGCAUAAACUGCUCCAAGGGGUCGUCCCCGUCGCCCUCGGCCUGUUCGGGCUGUGCUUCGCUUGCCGCUAAUUCCGCGCGCGAGCUUCUCCUGCAGCGCCGCGCGCGAUUCGGGCAUCGUCCUGCGCGUUCUGCGCGUCAGAAAGAAAAAAAAGCGAGAAACCGCUUGCGAUCGGUGCGAUCGUAGUAACUGUCCUCCUCGUCGAGCAGCCGCUCGCGCUGCCCGCGUCGCCGCGCCUCGCGCGAUCGCCGUCGCUCCACGCUGCGCGAUCAAAUCGACCAACCAAUCAACAAACCUGUCGUACAAACUCUGCUCCAUCGAAUCGAUCUGCUCCUCCAGCUUCGCCAGCGCCUCCCUUCCAUUGGUUCCACCGUUUCCACUGUUGG